AACAAGUGAUGCAGGUCAUGUGACCAGCUGCCGUCUCUUUAUUAAGUCUUUUUUCGUCUUCAGGUCACUUUUUUUAGGUACAGGAGCAACAUGGUUCAAUCCCUUCAGAUCGUCUGCCUCCUAUUCCUCACCCUCUACACAGCAGAUGGCUUCCUGUUUUAUGGGGAGGAACGCUGUGUAUUUAACUCAACUGAGCUGAAGGACAUCGAGUACAUCGCCUCCCUCUAUUACAACAAAUUGGAAAUACUCCGCUUCAGCAGCACCUUGGGGAGGUUUGUUGGAUACACCGAGCUUGGUGUUCGCAACGCCGACAGAUGGAACUCAGAUCCCGACUUUAUAGAACGCAUGAAAAGCCAAAAGGAGGUGUACUGUAAACACAACAUUGAUGUUUACUACCAGGCUGCGCUCACCAAGUCAGUCAAACCUUCCGUCAGACUUCACUCAGAGUCGCCUCCUGGUGACCAACACGCCGCCAUGUUGGUGUGCAGCGUCUACGACUUCUACCCCAAGCUCAUCCGGGUCACCUGGCUGAGAGACGGACAGGAAGUCACGUCGGAUGUCACCUCCACCGACGAGCUGGCUGAUGGGGAUUGGUACUACCAGGUCCACUCUCACCUGGUCUACAAACACAGGUCUGGAGAGAAAAUCUCCUGCAUGGUGGAACAUGCCAGUCUCCAGGAACCGCUGCACACCGACUGGGAUCCGUCACUCUCCAAGUCAGAGACCAACCAGUUGGCCAUUGGGGCAUCAGGACUGGUUCUGGGGCUGGUCUUGUUCCUGGGUGGCUUUGUGUACUACCGCAGGAAGUGUUCAGGACGCAUUCUGGUUCCCACCAACUAAACCUGGUCCUGGAUCAGCCUCCUUCCGCAACCCGAUGAUUGGUUGUUCUUCAUUAAUUAGAUUAUUUGACAAUAAUGACACAUUACUAUCACCCUGGGACAAGCUCCUACUUUCUAUGCGCCAUCUUUAUUGUACUUUACCAGAUGGGUUUAUGAGCUUUGCUUUUCUUAAUAAAAUUGCAGGAAGUGUU